AUGACGAACAUUUUGAGCUGCCUGGCACUGAGCAUUCACUUUAUGUCUACAUUGGAUUUGUUUUCAAGUUUCUUGCCUUGCCUUAUUCAUUGUAUUAAGUUUUCCUCUUGGGAGAAAUGUAAACAUUUUGAAUUUGACUCUAUUUUUAUAAAGUGGGUCUCAGGAAUAUACAAGGAAUACCACAUUCUCUACAAUUGGAUAAAUGCAAAAAGUCAGUUAACAGUGCUUGAGUUCGGUUACGUUGCAUAUGCCAAUAUUUUAUCAGAAUAGCAAUGGCAGCUUGUGUUCUUUGGUUUUCUGUUCUUCAGCUACGUUUUGAUUUUAUUACAUGUGAUGGUCGCUAAAAAGAUUAUAAAAAAUCGUUUGGUCGAAAGCCUUUUUAAGGCAGUUACAGUUCCGGCAAGUAAUUCCUGUUAA